AGGGUGGGGCUGGGAGGAGAGUGCUGUAGCCUUUUAGCUGGAAGCUAACCGGAGCCUGGGGCUAACACUAGCGACACGAAGGUGGGUUGGUUCACCGGCACGUGUCGGAGUCAGCCCGGUAAAAAUGAUUAACGACACCGAGCGGAGUCACGUUCACGUUUGAAAGCAGCGCUGAUUCCAGAAACCUCAGCAAAAAGUGCGUUCGUUGCUCUGAGCCAGCAUGACGAACAAGGGAACAGCGCCGCAAACUCUGUUCGGGUGUUGCGUUCCACCUAGUGUCUACGUAGGGGACGGGCGUAUUACGUGAACGGAACCAUCUGAUUGGCCGCAUAUCAGAAGGACUACAUUUGAUUGGUCAAAUAAUACUUCCGCGUAAAAAACAGAGCUGGUUUACAAAAAGUUGAUGUAUGACACGGAUGGAAAUGUUGAACCAAACAUUUAUCGCUGUUUUUGACGUGCUUUGCGAUGGGCAUAUCGCACGUCCUGUUAUCGCGAUGACGAUAAUUUUUCGAUAUAUUGUGCAGCCCUAAUUACUGUUCAAUUUUACUUUGCAAAGUGGAGAGACGAAAUGAAUACACACCCAAGCAUCGUUCACAGGAUCUCUCCGGGAACAUCCGUUCUCUGAGGGUUUUUAUUAGCAAGCACACACAACACAACACAUCACAUUACACUCCUAAACUGCUCCGUAGAGAUUCAGGUGGAAAGCUGUUUAACGUAGGGAGUAAAAACAAUACCACAACUCCCUCAAACAAAACCAGCUGCAUUCAGUCAACAUGCUGUUUCCCAUGGGAGUAUAACUGAUAACGCAGACCAGCGUGGUCUGAGGAAGGUCGUUGUCCUCCCUGUUGGACGGGGAGGCUGUCACAGGAUAACACUUGUAUUUUAAUGAAGCAACAGAUGUUUUACUUAUAAGGCAGCUUGAAUUAGUCGGCCCAUUCUCCUCUGACCGCUAGCAUCAACAAGGCAUUUGGCCCACAGGACUGCCGCAUACUGGAUGUUUUUCCCUUUUCACACCAUUCUUUGUAAACCCUAGAAAUGGUUGUGGGUGAAAAUCCCAGUAACUGAGCAGAUUGUGAAAUACUCAGACCGGCCCGUCUGGCACCAACAACCAUGCCACGCUCAGAUUAGCUUAAAUCACCUUUCUUUCCCAUUCUGACCUUCAGUUUGGAGUUCAGGAGAUGGUGUUGACCAGGACCACGCCCCUAAAUGCAGGGUGGUAGAGACGUAUGGAGACGGUCGUUCUGAGACAUGAGACUGUGUGUUUUUGGUGAACAUUAAUGCAGGAGUGUGUAAAACAGCUCAUGUUUAAUUAAAAUAAAAUAAAAUAUUUAUUUAACUUGACAUAAAUUGUAAUGCUUGACUGUUGUGCUACAGCCAUGGGAGGAACAUUUUGGGUCCCAGCCAGAUUCUCUGCUUCCCUGCUGCUCUCUCCAUCAUCAUGCUGCUCCUUGCUCUGCCUCUCCACUUGUCUCUCCUUCACACACCUCCUCCACUUCAGCCUACUUGUCUAAUAUAUUAGCCACAUGUUAGAUUCCCUUCAGUCACCAAUAGGAACGUUGGGAAUAUCACACGUAUCACGGUACAGAUCACUCAGAGGGAACUGGGUCACGAUAAAGAACAAUGAGCAUCUUCAUCUAACGUUACCUCAACAUCUUCCUCGGCUUCCUUCCUCUUCUUCUGAAAAUGCGAGCAGAAAUGAGUCUCGGUGGGAACAUGACCCGACAUGAAGCUGUACGCUGUUACCGAUCUGGAAUUACGCAUUAACGACAGACCACAUUGACUACGUUACUGUUCACAUGUAGCAGCGUGCGUUAGCAUGAAGCUGGUUUUCACAGGUCUGAACUAAAAAUGCCUUCUUCUAACGUAAGGUUCCUUUCUUCCACCUUUUCUCUCCCUGUAGUUUUCUUUAACUCGUGAGAGCAGCGCACCGCACAGAAGCCGGCUCCUUCGCACACGGGGAUAAAUGGCAGUACUGGUUUUUCAAAUUUUGUGUCAGUUUAAGGAAGAAGGAAGAGCUCCUGAAGAACUGAGGCCUCCUUUGAACCAGAAGGACAUGGAGCCCCUCAACAUGAAGCAGGAAGAGGAGGAGCAGCUUGAUGAGAUUAAAACUGAUGCCACCAACAUUUCAUUCUCUGCAGUUUCUCAUCAGGUUAAGGAAGAAGGAAGAGAAGUUCUGUUGUCACAGUUUGAUCAGAACCAACCUAAAGACAGAGAUCUUCCAACCAGCAGCACCACUGACCAGAUGAAAGCAGAAAGUGGUAGAGAGGACUGUGGAGGAGCAGAAACUACCAGGAAUCCAGAUCUAAAUCUUUAUGAAUAUGAUUCUAACUCUUCAGAGACUGAAGUCAGCAAUGAUGAAGAUGAUGACCAGGAUGGCAGCAAUUCUGACUGUCAACUGAAACUCUUGUCAGAUUCUGAGCCAAACACCAAAGAUGAUAACAAAGACUGGAAGGAGAGCAGGUCUUCUAAAUCACAUGUUAAGGCUGUCAAAUCUUUCAGCUGCCCAGAGUGUGGUGAACAGUUUCUCCAUGAGCGGUCUCUCCAGAAACACAUGAGAGUGACAAGUCAUUCAGGACUGAAGUCUUCAAGCUGUUGUGUUGAUAAGAAACGUGUUAGAGUGAAGCAAAAUGUAGACUCUAGCAGGAAAGUUCAGACAAAACUAAAAUCAUUUAGUUGUGACGACUGUGGAAAAAGUUUCAGCUGCAUAUCAUCUUUAAACAGACACAUGAGUGUCCAUACAGGACAGAAGCCUUUUGCUUGUGAGCUCUGUGGACAAAGAUUUACCCAAAAGACACAUUUAAACACUCACACGAGAGUCCAUACAGGACAGAAGUCUUUUGCCUGUGGGCUCUGCGGACAAAGAUUUAGUCAUAAGACAAGUUUAGACACUCACAUGAGAGUCCACACAGGACAGAAUUAAUGAACAUAAAUAAAAUAUACAUUUUGGGACUUCUAAGGGUGUUGAAUGAAAUGUGCUACUGAUCUGGAAGCUCUUAACUAAAAUGAAAGGCAGCAGUUUUAUUAAAUGUUUUGUUUUUGGAGAAGAAAAGGUUGAAAAUGAAAUGUUUGUUUGCCACUCAAGUGUUUUAUUAAAUCUUUGUUCACUA